GGCGGAGUGUCCUGGUAUCCGGAUUCCCAAUUGACUUCGACGAUGCUCCAAAAAUAAUGAGGGUACACUAACGCUCAGCUUUGGCCUUUGGGAGAGAGUUGGGGGGCAAAGAAUCCGAUCGAUUCCUCGACCCACCAUCGAAACGAUCUCUUUGCGCGCCAGUCCAAGAACUCUUCUUCCGUGGAUCGGAGGUACCGGCUCCAAUUCCGUCCUCGUUCGACGUGAUUGAAUUGAAUUCGUCUCUUUCCCUUGAUCUUUUCCGUCCUAAAAGAUCGGUUCUUGGGAUAAAUUUGGAGCUAUUCUUGGACUGGAAUUUGAUGGGCUUUAUCUAUAUUUGAUGGGUUCUUCUCUUAUAGCUAAUCGAAUCAUCGAACAAUUUCUAAUGGAAUCAUCGAGUGAUUUACGGGGUUAGGGCGAUGGACUUCCUGCUCUCGAGUUUAGUGCUACCAAGAUUGAAUCUUGAUAUCUAGGAGUUUCUUUUCUGUUACUUGGGCUCCAGAAAACAAAUUUUAUAAAGAAAAUGAGUGAUGACAGCAUGCCUGAUGAAUCAGAUGUGGCAUAAAUGGACACAGAAGUGUACACACAUAUUCUUCACAUAUCUUGUGCUGCAAGGGACCAAUAGUGAAACUUCUCAUGUUAGAGCCAAGAGCUGCGCAUCGUCCAACUAUUAUUUAUAGGCCCAUACGACCUUCUGAUCUUGAAAUUCUUGAGCAGAUCCAUGCUGCUUUGUUUCCUAUAAGGUAUGAGAGAGAAUUCUUCCUUGAUGUGGUCAAUGGCCAUGGAAUUGUCUCCUGGGUUGCUGUUGACAUUAGCAGGCUUGAUGGUCAAAAUGAUGAACUAAUUGGAUUUGUUACCACACGUAUUAUCCCAGUAACAGAAAGCGAGAUUGAGGAUUUGCUCAGAUACGAUGCUUCAAGAAAAGAUCAAAUACUAGUCUAUAUCUUGACACUUGGUGUAGUAGAGUGUUAUAGAAACCUUGGCAUAGCUACUUCACUGGUUCGGGAGGUAAUUAAAUAUGCUUCAAGCAUGCCUAACUGCAGAGCAGUAUAUCUGCAUGUUAUUGCUUACAACCAGCCAGCCAUCAGUUUCUAUAAGAAGAUGCUAUUUAAGCUUGUAAGAAGAUUACCAAAUUUUUAUUACAUUCAGGGCCAGCAUUAUGAUUCAUACUUGUUCGUGUUCUAUGUACAUGGUGGCCGGUAUACCUGCUCCCCACAAGAAAUUAUGUCAGCAGUGGCAGCUUACUUUAGGGGCCUCUUUAGAAUGCUUUCUGCAAAACUGAGGAGGAAUGAGGAGAAGAGUCUCCCAAGAUGGUCCAAGUAUAAAGAAACAAGCACUCUUUUAGUUACUCAAAAUAAGAGGAUCCUUGGUGCAGAGAAUGCUACAUGUCAGUCUGGUUAACCAGCCUCAGGUCAAGAUUACAAUUUAUUUGGGCUCCAGGAAGCUUGCAUAACUUUUCCCUUUGAUUAUCACUGUUGCAUCUUUUCUCUCUGUUGCAGUGAGCAAUCAACAUCUGUAAUAAUACAAGUAUAAGAUUAGUUAUCCUCUUAUUGUAAAAUAAACUGAGGUCUUAUCAAGGCAUAUUUGGUUAACUAAUCUCAGUAUCUCUUCAUCAA